AUGACCGCGGCCAUGCAAGUCGUGGUGCGUUAUGUGCAGCGCGGGUCGUUCCCGGGGGAAUAUCGCAGUUUGGGCGAGGGCCGGAGCAUCGGCGGCGGGAGUCGCAUAUUAUCAUUGUCACCGUUUAUGGACGAGUGUGGCGUCAUUCGCGUUGGAGGUAGAAUAAGCUGGGCGGCGUUGCCGCUGGAUGCGGUGCACCCCAUGCUGCUGCCGAAAAGCCACGCUCUUACAACGCUAAUUAUUCGAGGAGAGCACGUUAGGAGCUUGCACGCGGGACUGCAGGCCACGAUAUGCGCGGUGCGUCAGCGCUAUUGGCCCUUGGCGGCACGUUCAGCGGUUCGCAGGGUGUUACGCGAAUGCGUAGCGUGCUUCAGGUGUAGGCCGGCAGCAUCUCAGGCGGUGAUGGCGGAUUUGCCUGGGCCGCGGGUAAACGUAUCAAGGUUAGGUUAG